AAUUCCAUCGGCAUAAACGGAGCCGUGAGCGUCGGAACAGUUUUGGCCUGGUAUUAAUUAUUUUUUUUUGGUAUAUAACACAUUUUCGGCUUGCAGACGAUCUCGUCAACAACAACGUACACCAGGGCUGUUGUUCAUGACAACCCUUUUGCUUUGAUCGGAUCUUGUGCGGUUUUGAUUCACGACUCUUGCAAGAUACAGGGGGUCUUUUAGAGUGAAGAUUUUCAGAAUCUGAACGGUCAAGAGAAGCGGAAUUUAAAGAAAGGGUGUGGUAAGCGGAAGUGUCCAGCAUUUGGCAAACCAUUUCCACAAGCGGAUAUUAUUUAACCAUAUUUAUUUUUAUUGGACGAAGAUGUCAGAAUCGUCCGUAAACACCAGUGUUAGUCAGCUGAAAAGAACCUCUGGUCACAAUAUUGAUGUGAAAGCAAAGGACGGCAAGAGGAAUGAAGAUGUGUCAUCCCCACACUCAGACAUGCCAGACAAAAUUGACGCUGACUCAGCCAAGUCGACUUUUUCGGGAAAGAUAACUUUUGGGAGCUUGACAACCCUCUCAUCCACAGUAACCAAUGAAACCGAUGAUGAUGACCAUCUUAACGUUGUUCUCAGAGUCCGUCCUCUCAGCAGUCAAGAAAUAGCCAGGAGAGAUGUGAUCAUGUGUACUUUCCCUGGACAAGGUGCUGUCGCGGUGGAGAGUAAUGGAUCCAAGAGACAGUUUGGUUUCAAUGUGGUGUUUGAACCUGAAGCCUCACAGGAAGAUGUGUUUUAUCAUUCGGGGAUCAAGAGACUGAUAGACAUGGCUGUUAAUGGAUAUUCUUGUACAGCGUUUGCCUUUGGGCAGACAGGUUCUGGGAAAACUCAUACAAUGACAGGCCCACCCCAGCAGUUUCAGAACAACGGUCGACCAGGCCUUGAGGAGGAAGGUUUAAUACAACGGUCCUUCAGAUACCUUCUGCAGGAACUGAAACAGCACUCGGAGAAUAUACUGAUUAGAGCCUCCUAUCUGGAAAUAUACAAUGAGCAAGUCAUAGAUCUGUUGAACACUAAUCAGAGAAAGUACCUGGCUGUUCGGUGGAGCAAAAACCGUGGGUUUUAUGUGGAGAAUCUGUUUGUGGUGGAGUGUGAGAACCUGGAUGAUCUGCUGGCUGUCUUAGAAGAAGGCCUGCGUAACCGUCAGAGUGGGUCGUUGAGUCAGAAUGAAUUCUCCAGUAGAAGUCACAGCAUGUUAACCCUGAACCUGGACUCUGACAUGAACUACCCUGACGAUGACAACCUGUAUGUCACCAAGAGGGGCAAGCUGUCCUUUGUGGACCUCGCAGGGAGCGAGAAGGUUAAGGAUCAGCAGACUGGGGAGACAUUGUUAGAAUCUAACAGUAUUAACAAGAGCCUGCUUGUGUUAGGGAACUGUAUAUCCAGCCUGGGGAAUGCCAAACGACGUGAAGGUCACAUUCCAUACAGAGACAGCAAACUGACCAAGCUGCUGGCUGACAGUCUGGGAGGAAAUGGGGUUACCCUCAUGAUUGCUUGUGUGACACCCUCGUCCAACCACACCAUGGAAACGAUGAAUACGUUAAGAUAUGCCAACAGAGCGAAGAAAAUCAAGAGCAAACCAGUGGUUAAGAUGGAUCCACGAGAGAAGUUAAUACUCACUCUGAAGAGAGAAAUCAAAGUGCUAAGAAAUGAAAAUCAUUAUUUAAGGCAGCAGUUGGAAUUUCCAGCCAAACCCAAAGGACAGUUACAGAAAGAGAAUGAUGAAAGACUGGUGCAGUUCAUGAAAGAGCAAAAACAAAAAACGGGAAAGCCAAAUGGCACACAGACAGAUUCUGGCUUGUAUGAAAUGCUCCAAGAAUAUAUGGUGGAAAAUGAAUCAUUAAGGGGAGAAAACUCUGACUUGCAGUCGUCAAAGGACAGACUGAGGAGGGAACAACAACUGCUGUACAGGGAGAAUGACAAGCUGAUGAAGAGGCUAGAAGUUCUAGAAAAAACAGUAUUGGGUAAUCAGGGCCCUUUGCCUUACCGGAUGUCCCCAGUCUCCAUUACUCAGUCUGGGGGGUUAAGCUCGUUUGAGAACUCCCCCCUCCAUAGUCCCAGUCCACAGCACAAGAAGAACGGGAAGGGCUACUCAAGAGGCUCCUCAUUUGCUCCUAACAACGCAGCCUUCGUGCAGACUGAUGGGCCAGAUGCAGGCUAUGUUAGCAGUCCGAGUGGUAGACGACCUCAAGGUCAGAUGAAACCUCCCCACCGUCUGUCAGAGCCUGUCCUCAGACCAACUCAGGGGAACCCUGAGGCAGGCCGAGGUGCCCCCCAUGUUUCCCAGAUGGGCCUGGUUCAGCCCGCGGAUGGAUACACCAUGCCCUCACCCCAGGGGCAUUCUGUGGCACCCCAUCAGGUACUCAACCAGGGCUACUCCACCCACCAUGGACAUGACCCAGGCUCACCCAGGCUCGUCAGGAAAGUUUCUCCAUCCAAACAGCGGAACGUGAAUGCCCCAGAUAAUUCUAAAGAAGACUUACAGCACAUGAAUGAAAAAUUGAAGAGAGAGCUGGCAGACCUGGAAGGGGAAAUCAAACAACAUCAGCAGUUACAGCGAUCCAAAAACAGUUAUCAUGCGGGGCCUGGCAAGAGAUAACACCCUGCUGUAAAGAGAAGAGAGUGGAGUGAGCGAAACUUCAGGGAGAAAUCAACAGCAUCAGCAGUUACAACUCAAGAGCAGAGUUAGUAGGCCUGUAUGGAGAAAUCAAACAUCAGCAGUCACAGUGAUCCAAAAACAGUUAUCACUCAGGGCCUGGCAAGAGAUUACACCUUGUUGUAAAGAAAUGAGAGGGGAGCUAACAGGAGAAAUCAAACAUCAGCAGUCACAGCGAUCCAAAAACAGUUAUUACUCAGGGUCUGGCAAGAGAUUACACCUUGUUGUAAAGAAAUGAGAGGGGAGCUAGCAGGAGAAAUCAAAUAUCAGCAGUUACAGUGAUCCAAAAACAGUUAUUACUCAGGGUCUGGCUAGAGAUUACACCUUGUUGUAAAGAAAUGAGAACAGAGCUAGCAGGAGGAAUCAAAUAUCAGCAGUUACAGUGAUCCAAAAACAGUUGUUACUCAGGGCCUGGCUAGAGAUUACACCUUGUUGUAAAGAAAUGAGAGCGGAGCUAGCAAGAGAAAUCAAACAUCAGCAGUUACAGUGAUCCAAAAACAGUUGUUACUCAGGGCCUGGCAAGAGAUUACACCUUGUUGUAAAGAAAUGAGAGCAGAGCUAACAGGAGAAAUCAAACAUCAGCAGUUACAGUGAUCCAAAAACAGUUAUUACUCAGGGUCUGGCUAGAGAUUACACCUUGUUGUAAAGAAAUGAGAGCGGAGCUAACAGGAGAAAUCAAACAUCAGCAGUCACAGCGAUCCAAAAACAGUUAUUAUUCAGGGUCUGGCAAGAGAUUACACCUUGUUGUAAAGAAAUGAGAACAGAGCUAGCAGGCCUGUAUGGAGAAAUCAAACAUCAGCAGUCACAGCGAUCCAAAAACAGUUAUUACUCAGGGUCUGGCAAGAGAUUACACCUUAUUGUAAAGAAAUGAGAGGGGAGCUAGCAGGAGAAAUUAAAUAUCAGCAGUUACAGUGAUCCAAAAACAGUUAUUACUCAGGGUCUGGCAAGAGAUUACACCUUGUUGUAAAGAGAAGGGGGCAGAGACCAACAUAAAUUGCACUGAAAGCUGCUCUUUCGUAUGCGAAAGGUUGAGGGCACCAAUAAUGACUCUACACGUAUGAAUGUCCUACAUGACACCCACCCCUGCUGUCAGAUAAUCCCGGUUAGUACCUGGAUUAAGGAUUUACCUGUACAUCACCUGGUAUUAUAUGUGUGAAGAGAAAAAAUUUCCCCUGAUUUCUCUUGUUUUAUAUGUACAAAUGCAUGUAAAUUAAUUAUGAAAAUAAUGCAUUCAUGCUGCUAACGUAUAAAUUGUGAUUCACUA